AAAAAGGAUUUCACCGUAACAUCUUCAGUCAGCUUGAAGAAUAGAACACAGCGAGAUGUCUCCAUUAUUGAUGUUUCAGGUGACAACGUACUUAUGCUUACUUGUAGUAUGCAUUAAAGCAUUUCCGGAGACGGAAGAGAAGAGAAUUUUCCUAAAAGAUAAACCUCAAGGGGUGAUUCUUCAGGAUGGAUACCAGGUCGUCUAUCCAGCAGCACCAGCAGAUUUGAGCGUGGUGUUCUCCCAAGCCUUUCAACAAAUCGUAGGAGGCGUUAGUACUUCUCUUCAUGCUGCUGUGGAGUAUCUGACUCGAGUCGUCGUGGGAACAGUUAGUUGAUCUUAGUUGUGGUCAUUAAAGAUCACAAACGCCAUCCAAUUAUACCAACAAAAUAUUUC